AUGUCAAGAAUCUUACAUACAAUGUUAAGAGUUGGUAACUUGGAUACCUCUAUUGACUUUUAUACCAAUGUACUUGGUAUGAAGUUAUUGAGAACAAGUAAAAACGAACAAUACAAAUACACAUUAGCAUUUGUUGGAUAUACAGAUGAAUCAAGUGGAGCAGUGAUUGAAUUAACAUACAAUUGGGGAGUAGAAAAGUAUGAUUUGGGAAGUGCAUUUGGUCAUAUUGCAAUUGGUGUCGAUGAUAUCUAUGCUACUGUUCAAAACGUUGCAAACAAGGGAGCCAAAGUAUCACGUCAACCUGCUCCGGUUGCCGGAGGCACAACUGUUAUAGCCUUUGUUGAAGACCCAGAUGGAUAUAAAAUUGAAUUGAUUGAAAACAAAUCUGCUUCUCAUGGUCUUGGUAAUUAA